AUGCAAUUUUCACAAUUUGAAUUGGCAGCUAUUGCAAUUGCCAUUGAUGAUGAAAUAUUGGAAAAACGAUGCGAAACUACUAUAAGAAGUUGGGGUGUACAUCCAUCCUGGAGAAAGCGAGAAGCAGAAGGAGAAUUUGCUUUACUUUACAAAGAAUUAAUAGAUCAUGAGAGCAAGUUUUAUGGUUAUUUUAGAAUGUCUAAAGAAUGCUUUACUUUUUCACUUGAAAAAGUAAAACCAGACCUAACCAAAAAAAUUAUAAAAUUUCAAAAGCCUAUAUCUCCCAUCGAACGAUUAGCAGUGUGCAUCAGUAUUUAUUCAUUUCAUUACUCUGCCGUGAACUCUGAAAAUAAAGUAGACAAAUUAUUAGAUUCCAAAGGCGUAAGUUCCGAAGGCGAAGGUUCCGGAGUAGGCGUUGAUUCCGGUGUUGGCGUUGGUGUAGUCAUCGGAACCGGUGCAUACACCGACCUUGAAUUAGUAGACGACACCGACGUUGUUCCACUCAUUGGAGAUGUGUAA